AUGACUGGUAUGUGGGUUAUUGGCUAUGGGCUGCUUAUAUUCAAGCCGCCGCCCCAUUAUGCAUUUAGAGUCACCGGGUACCUCAAGGGAUAUAUCAGGAGGUUUUGGCAGAGUUCUUCGGAUCACAGGGGAACUCCAGAAGCUCCGGGCCGUGUAGUUACUCUUGUUCAAAGAGCCGAUUUGCAAGAUCCUCGGUUCCAUGACGAUCUCCAUAUGUACGAGCUUCGUAGUGGAGAGCGUGUGAGAGAGGAGACGGAUAUACAGUCGAAAUCGGCCACUCCAGAAGUGCCAGUAGAUGCCUCUAACAUUGUAGAUGUGGCUCACAAAGUGAGUCAAUUGACCGAUGAAGACUUGAAGUUGUGGGGAUGUGCAUACUACAUUCCUUCUGAGCAUGUGGCAGAGGUAAGGGAGUAUUUAGAUGUUCGGGAACAGGAUGGGUAUACUUUGCACAAUAUUCCAUUUCAUAUAGUAAGCAGUCCUGAUACGGACGAGGCGAAAGAAGUGCUCUCAGAAGUUCCCCAGACGAACGGCUACCAUGUCAUCACUUCAUUUAUUUAUAUUGGCACCAUUGACAACGAAUCUUUUGUGGGUCCCGAGCUGAUUGCCGAUACUGCAUCGAUUAUCAAAAGUAGCCGAGGUCCUUCGGGUCCUAACAUCGAGUAUUUAGAGAACUUGACAGUGGCAGUUAGAGACUUGGAUGGGCACGGAAGGUCCCGAGAUUACUACUUGGAAGAUUUGUUGGCUGCAUGUAAAUAG